UAUCGACUGUUUUUUUGGUGUGUUUACAUUGCUAUCAUGAGAACAAGAGUGAUUCAACUCAUUUUUUAACGGUUUGACAAAAUAAACAUUAUCAGAAAUAAUAACAAGUAAACGUAUUUUAAUUGCUUGAGUAAAUAUUAUUUAAUAUGCCAAAGAAGAAGAGAUUUAGAAAAGUUGCGAAGCAUAAAAAAGGAGAAGUUUUAGAAGUCGGACCGACAGACCCGGAAAAUAUGGAGAAUCUUUCUGAAGGAAAGGUUAUAAAUUCGUCUGGUGAAAAUAAAGUCAGUGAAGGUGAAACUUCAAAAAAAAAGUUCGGAUUUUCACAUAAAAGAAAAAGCCAUCUAAAUGGUACAGAUGUUUCCCAAAAGAAGGGAACAGAGAGCAAGACACAUGAUGGCAUUCAAAGAUCAAAUUCUUUAAGUUUACACAACGAAUCUAAAAGUAAGAUUCCUCUCCCAAGGUUUAGAACCCUCCAGCCAAAGAAAAAGAAUUUAUCAGCUUCGUGUAGCGCUUUUGAGACCACCAGUAUGGUCUUAAAUCCUGGCAUGGAUGACUGGAGGAUGUCUGGAUUGUUAAAUACUGUUGAAAAAUCAAAUUCAAUGCUUUCCUUGGGUAGUCCUGUUCGAGGAGUAGUCACUGAAAAGAAACCUGAAACACCUACUUCAAGUAACACAGAAAGUGUAGAUACAGUUACUCGCCACUGUGAGGCAACUACGCCCAUUCAAAGUGAGACAGGCAGUCCAAGCAUGGAGCAUAUUGAGGUUGUGAGUAUUUCCGAUGCUCCUGCAUCUCCUCCCACUGAAAAAACAACAAAAGAUGAGGAAGAUAAUAUAAGUGAGAAGUUUCUCGAGACAGACAUUGACUUUGAUAUGCAUAUAGCACACGAUACAACAAUAAAUGAAACAAUCAUAGAAGAAGGAGAUGAAGAUACUGAUAAGCAAACGAAGGAAGAACCAAGUGAGCAACCAUGCACAAACUCUGAAUCGUCUGUAAGCACCAAUAAUUCACCCAAACAUGCUGAAUCAGUCAAAGUUGAAUCGUUAGCAAAUAAUGGUGUGAACUGUGAAGCAAAAACUAAUUCUAUAGAAGUUGUUCAUGAAGAGGAAAUGGAGGUUUAUGAUUUAGACGAUGAGCUUGUUGUUGUUAUUCGCAAUUUAGAAAAUGUAGUCGAAGAAGAUCAUAUUGAUAUGCCGAAAGAGGUGGAAUCCAAUGAUUGGCUCAUUUUAAAUUUAUCCCAAAAAGUUAUGGAAACUUGCUAGUGUUUUUAAAAAAUAGAUUUUUAAAGGAGGUAGCGAAUCGUUAGAGAUAUAUAUCUCGCCGCUAUACUGUGCGCCACCUCAGUAGGUUUUCGUGUAAGCCACUAAAAGAACGGUCAAUAACGUAUUUCGCAAUUCUUAGACUUCACUUUUAGGGAAGCAUGCUGUCUUAGUGAAAGAAACUUUGAAUUUUCAUGUAAAUCUCUUAUAGAUGUUGUCAUUUGAAAGCUGAUUUUGUUUGCUUUUUUUAUUCACAUCAGACUUUUAGUUUGUAUCUACGUACUCUUCAUUUUGUUAAAUAUGAAUACUUAAAAGUCCCGCAAACACCAUUUCACCUUCUGUAAUUUAUAAUUUAGCGUGUAAUUUUACACGCGAAUUGUCUACGUUUGUAAUAAAUUUACAAAUGCUUGAAAAGUUGGCAUUUCCACGAAUGCGUAAAUUUAGCUGCUGAAAGUUGGAUUUCAUGUUAAUUUUAUAUUUUUAUAUAGCGUAGCUUCGAUGUGAAGAUGGUCUGUAAAUUCGUAACUACAUAAUAUGAACUAAAAUUAAACUUCUAUAUAAUAAAAGAAUCUUUAUUUGUGAGCAAUUCUAGUUACGCCUUAUUUUUAUUUUGACAUUGCGAUAUAGCAUGAAAGAUAUUAGCUUAUAAUUUGCUUAUACUGUAUGUGUAUGCAAGUUGUGAACAAAGGAGUACGCGAUAAAAAAUAUUUUUCAUGAUCGCAAGAUCAAAACUUUUUAGUGGUGUUUAACCUUUUAUGUUUGCAUGUAAAAAGACGUUUGCUUUUUCGGCAUUCGUGUGUUUUUUUAAUUUCUAUGAUACACACCAAUCAAUACAACAUUUUUAGUGUAAUUUUUUUUCACAAUGUGUAUAGCUAGAAUGUUAACUUGCUCGAACAACUUCGUCGUUUGUGUGUUUGUUGUUUUAUUGCCUCUGGAGCAUCCUUGGACUUAGACGGAAGCCCGAGGAUUGCGGACUUAAUGAGUUUUAGUGUAUUUUGUGCCGCACAAAGCUGAUAUUUUUGUGUUUAUUUUUUAACUGCAUGCUUGAAACUUAUAUAAUUAUAUUUAACUUUUUUUAACGAAUGCGUUGUGUGGAAAUAAAGAAGAUAAAUGGA